GGAAAUUAUGCGAUUCUCAGAGCAGGCAUACAGUACCGUCCAGUACCGGAUAACUCCCCCGCUCGAUUCCAGUACAUUUCGCCGAGUCAUUUGCGGCAGCGAGCUGCGGUUGUUGAUUCUCCGGCAGCGCUCGCCACAACAAAAGUUGCGUGCGAGAAACUAGCGCAGGCGCGGCAGCAACGCCCGGUCUUUUGUCGUUGCAGUGUUAGCCAAUCACAGAACAAUAUUAUAAUCAUGCGGCAGCAACUCGGCAGUCAUGUGAUGCCAUUUUAUUGUAAGCAAUAUGGCGGCGAAUCAGCACUCUCACGAAGACUCCCUAGGUUGGACAAGGCAGAAAUUGGUGGAAUUGGUUGAGACAUACCAGAAUAGACCAUGCCUGUAUGACAACACAAGUCCUGGCUACCACAACAGAGAGGAAAGAUCAAGAUCAUGGAUUGAAAUAGCUGAUCUCAUGGGCAAUCAAGAGGAUGAAAUCCGAGCUAAGAUGAAGAGCAUCCGUACCCAGUACGCCCGCAUCAUUCAGAAGGGACAACAUCCCAAGUGUAAGACUGGACACACCGUCUCCUCGUGGUGGUUACUUCCUAAUCUGAAUUUCUUAGAUGACUUCAUCAUUCCAAGGAAGGCUGACUCAGAGUCAAUCAAGGAGAAUGACAUUGCAGAGUUAUCUCUACUGAGUCAAGUGAGAGAUGUUGGACGCACUUACAAGGAAGACAGUAAUUCAUUGGAGAAUGGUGAUGUUGCUGAAAUGAUGUAUGACAGCAUGAUUCCAGACUCUGACUUUCCACAGCCUCAAAGCACUUCACGAAACAACCCCGGACAGUCGAACCAGCUCGAGGAGCAUGUAUCUGUUCGAGAAUCCUCGCCUUACCAGUCACCGUUCACUCAACGCAUUUCGCCCAUAUCGAUAUCACGUCCGUCCAUCACCCAGUAUCGUAGCGCCAGAUCGAAGGUGCGUAAACCAUUUAAGAAACUAAAGAGAGAUCAAACGGCAAUCAGCCUACCGUCAGGAUCUACUUCCAACGCUUCAAAGCCUCCUGAUGCUGCUGAGCAGGGCAAUGACAAAUUACUCUUAAAAGCAGUCCUUACGUACGCAGAGAAGACCACCCGAUGAUGAUGAAGAUGCCGUCUUUGGGCGCUACGUUGGCAAUGAGAUGAGAAGUGUUACCGAUUUACAGGCAAAGAGAAUUGCUAAGAUGAGAAUUCAGAAAGUUCUCUUCGAGGCCCAGACCGGCUGGACCGAGACUUCAAAUGAAGGGGUUUAUCAUGCCCCCCGUGAUGGAACAACUACACAAGAUAACUUUCCUGUAGGGGUUGUUUGCAGUACCAAUAACAGUAGAGUUAUCUGAGUAAAAUUAGACAACCUGAAUUUAUUAUUUUAGGAAGACAAUCUCUAUAGUUUAGUAGCUUCUUGCCAUAUCUAUGGAUUUUAUAAAUUCUUUUUGAUUUUUUUCAUAUAAAUUUAGAGCAUAUAAUUGGUAGAGGGACUGCUGUGAGAUUGUUAAUGAUGUACUGCUAAAAGAACCUUUUUUCGUCCCCAAAAAGUUUAUGUAGCGUGUACCCUACCUUUACCAUUUAUAAUUGGUUAACUACAUGAGCUUGCUAGAGAUUUAAUUAGUAUUCACUUGUUUGUUAUAUUGAAUUUGUGAGGGGAAAGAAUUUAAGUGAUUGACUGAGCAUAGCCCUUCCAUUUCUGCCUUUGGUGUAGGAAACUAUUCUCUGGGUGAUAUACUUAAAGUGCACUUCAUGAGUUUAGACAUUAAUAUCUUUAUUAUAAGAGAAUAGAGAUAAACAUUGUCAGAAGGAAUAAAGACUUGCUGCGGCAGGGCUCUACACUAAGUUUUUCCCACAGUGUCCUCAGUCAUUUUUGUUUAUGCCCCCCCCCCCACCCCCAAAUGUCAAAACAGUGGGUUUCUGAAAUUUACGUUUUUGGGGGUCCAUGUGUACCUUAUCCCUGUUACUGUCUAUCCCAGGCUAAGGUUCAGUGUACAUGUUUACCAUUUAGAGAGUUAGGAAUCAAGACUUAAUCCUGGAACAUUAUUCUUUCAAUCGUCAAACCUUUCAGGCAGCCUUUCCGGGAGUGUAUGAUUGAAUUGUAGGAGGGUAAAUAGUAGGGUUUUGUGACAAGCAUUUUUUCUCUGUUACAGGUGACCCUUCUUCAAGAAUUACAUGGCAGUAUUUGAUAGCUUUAUAUUUUGUCCAAAGUAUAUUUGCAAGUAAAAUAAAGUAAACAAUUCCAAAGGUCCAAGAUUAUUGAUGGCUAUGUCUAUUUAUUGUUUUUCUUCAAAGUAUGAUGUAUGUAGAGUACGCUGUAAGUCGAAAGCCUCUGUUUCUCCUGGACAAUUAUUAACCAAGUUGAAAUUACACAACACCAAGUAUGCUAAAUAUUGGAUUUAUAUUGAGUUCAAACUUGUGAUAAUUGUGGAUUUCUAAAAGGUGCAUUCUUGAUGUGUUGUCACUGUCAUACCAUGCCAUGUACAUGUACAUGUACACUACAUUAUCAGAUACAUACACUGUACAUGUAUGGACCAUCUCCUUCGGCACAACUCUAAAUUGUAUUAUUUACUAGUUCCAUUUGUUUUGAAACAAAAGGGAUCUAAUGCAAUGUUACAUGUCCAGCCUACACAUCAUGAGGUCUAUGGGGAAACAUAGUUUAUUAAUCAAAGUGCCAUAUUAUGUAUAUAGUGGUUACUUCCAGUUCCCCUACUAUUGUACAUAAAAAUGCCCAAUUAACAUAUUCUAUUAAGAGUAUCUUCCAUACAUGUACUGUACAUGCACCGUACAUUGUAAAGCUAAUGAGUAAAUGAACUAGGGAGUCGCAUGUUACCCCAUCAAUUUUUUCAGGCACAGUUUGAUGUUCAAUCUUAAAAUAUUUUAAAAAUCUUAUAUAAAAGCAUUAACAAAUAUAUAUACAAACUAUAUGCAGUUAUUAUGCACAGAUGUAAUUGUAUACAGUGUAAAGUUGAGGUGUAGAAGAGCUACAUGUACUCAUGUACCUUUUUGUUUCCCAGUGAGUGGUACAUGUUGAUACUUGUAAGGUUCAUGUAUUCUAUGAAUCACAAACAUUCCACACCAUUUAUCUGUGUACCAAAUGGUAUCCUGCUGUUGUGACUGUCUGGUUCAUAUAUUGAUUUCAACACGUUGCUGGCUGUGAAACAGGCAAUAUUACGUUGUAUAUUUAUCACAUAUAAGUUGCACUUGAUAUUUGCUUCUGCAAUUUGACAUGACAUUAUGUACCCCAUAUGUAUCUUUCAACAACCAAGCAUUUACACAUGAACACAAAUAUUUGACACCCUUGUAGUAUGUAUGAGGACUACCCCCAAAUAUUACAUGACAACUACAGAAAAUGCAUUAGUUGUGUAAAUAAAUACUAAGUUGAAAGUACUAUGUCCUGACAUUAUUUUAUAUUGUGCGAUAUAUUAAGUAAUUAUGCACUUUGCCUCUAUUGUAAUGAAAAUAAAAGGAAAUACAUUACUGUCA